UUUUUGUUAUCAAAAAAAAAAAAAAAAAUAGACAAAGAAUCGUAAUGCUAUAAUAAAAAUAAUUUAUUCAAAAGUGCCGAAAAUGGGUGUAUAGUUUUGAAUUUUCCAUUGACGGCGAAUCAUAAUUACGAUUUUAACGUUUACAUUGUGACUUUGAACAAAAUUAAUUUUAACAGUGAAAAAUGAGUGAUUUGCAAACGAAUGCAAAUGAAGAAAUUGAGAUAUACGAAGAAGCAGCUGGUACAACAUACGAAAGUAUGCUAAUUACGACCGACUCCUUUGAGGAAUUUUCACAGGAAUUGAGUGCCAGCCUGGAUGAAGAUGGUUCACCGAUAAAUAAAGUUAAAUCAAUCAUCAAUGAGAUUCAGGGCAAUGAUAGUUCAGCAACUAUUACAAACAAUCCAAAGGUUUCGUCAUCAAAUAUAAGUGCAUUAAGUGAAUUUGGCAGUCAAGAUUUGCUCGAUCAAAAUGACGAUAGUGUACUUUCCGGUGAUUAUUUACAUGAUCCAGACUGGCUGAGUCAACGUGAACAUUUUUUCGUUUUAAGUUCAGCUGGAAAACCAAUCUACUCUCUACAUGGCAACGAAGAUAAACUUGCAACAUUGUAUGGUGUCAUGCAAGCACUGGUUAGUGUAGUACAAGCAAAUCAAGAUGUGAUUAUGUCGAUUCAUGCCGUCGGCAUUAAAUUUGUGUUCCUGUUGAAAGGCCCAUUAAUUUUAGUUGCUGCGUCGCGACGAGAUCUAAGUGUACAACAAAUCCAAUUACAACUUACCGAUGUUUAUAAUCAAAUUUUAUCAACAUUAACACUGUCACACAUGACGAAAAUUUUCGAUCAACGAAAAAAUUUCGAUCUCAGGAGAUUAUUAGCGGGCAGUGAACGUCUUAUCGAUCAUCUUCUUACGAAUGACAGCCAAAAACGAGCGUGCAAUAAAAUUUCAAACAAUCCAUUCAUAUUUUUGACACACUCCGUGCGAAUUUUACCAUUGGCCUCGGCUGUACGCGAAUCGAUUAUUACAGCGAUUCAACAAAAUUGCUCAAAAAUUAAGAAUUUAGUAUUUGCCGUUUUGAUUGCCAAUAAUAAACUAAUUGCAUUAGUUAGAAUGAAAAAGUAUUUUAUUCAUCCGGCUGAUUUGAGAUUAAUUUUCAAUCUGGUUGAUUGUUCGGAAAGUUUUAAAUCGGCCGAAAGCUGGACGCCGAUUUGCUUGCCGAAAUUUGAUGCUGAUGGUUUUCUACAUGCUCAUGUUUCAUAUUUGGCCGAUGAUUGUCAGGCGUGUUUGUUAUUAUUAUCGGUAGAAAAAGACGUUUUUUUCACAUUGUCAGAUGCCAAACAAAAAAUAACCGAGAGACUACGACGUAGUAAUGUAUUGAAAUUAAUCAAUGAUGCCAUGAAUAGCAAAGGAAUUAAUUUACGAACAAUUGGCAUACCGGAGAUUCGUCAUUUUCUAUACAAAUCGAAAACGAAUGCUCAGCUAUUGUGCUCUGAAAUAAAUGUGCCGUAUAAUACACCCGAGGAAUUCAGUCGAUUGGAAUCACUUUACUAUGACAUUCAUCAUCGCAUUCAUAACAGCAAUCGACCUACAAAAUUGAUUUAUCAACUGCACGAAAAGGAAAUUAUUUUGGCCUGGAUCACGAACGGUUAUGAGUUGUACGCUGUUUUUGAACCAACUGUCGAUAAAAGUGUUGUUAUUACGUUAGUGAAUAAGUUAUUGGGCUGGAUCAAGAAGGAGGAAGAAAUGUUAUUUAUUUUAAAUGCGCCAACAUUCUGACCCAGGGAUAAAAGUUCAUUUUUAAAAAUAUUUGGCGAUCAAGCUGAAUCAUCAGAUGGCUAAAAAUGUCUGUGAAAAAAAAAAACAAUAAACAAAAA